AUAUUAUAAGUUACCAGUUUGUAAGGUUUUGGAAAGUUUCUGCAAUUAUUGCUUAUAAACAGAUAAACAGAGUUUCUGUAAAUCCUUCCUUCACAAAAGAUCUGAAGUUCAGUUUUUGUGAGCCUUUGGGUGCUUUUCAUUAUACUAACGUGUUUCCUCAUUUCCUCCAACUGUGGCUCUUCCUUAAAUCAGCUCAAAAUAACUGAUAUAAAUGACCCAGAACUCAAAUAAAAGGUAGUUACUUAUUAAAUACUUGAACUGACAAAAAUAGCUGAUUAUUAUUAAUAUUAUUAGCAGUAGUAAUACUGUUUGUUUUAAUCUAUAUAUUGAAUAUUCCUUUUAAACCGUCCAAUUUAUGUACAAGCGUCUUCUUCUUAUAAGUUCUCGGCUGUUUAUUUAUCUUCAUUAUUAUAACCUGAAGGGUAAUAAACGGUGUGGCUGUGUAAGCGUGUCAGUGGUAAAAUAAACAGCUACUUUGUGUGAUGAUUCAACAUUUUGCCAUAAAAUUAUUUCUUUAUUUCAGGUUUAUCACACAUUAUGUGUGAUGGCACAUUAUUCAUAUCAUAUAUUUACCAUGUAAACGUUCUAUUAUCUGUUGAUUCUUACUCACAGCACAGCAAAGGAAGCACAGUGAGAGUAAACUGUGCCGUGUAGAGGUGCAGCUCGUAUACGUCACCUCAAUUUAAAAAGAACAAACAAAAAAGCAAGACUUCAGUAUAGAUGCAUCAUUUCUGAGCCAUGGGAGGAGAGACGAAGCUCGUUGGCAUCAUGAAGAGCACCCUUAGUCGAUUUUUAAUAUUAUUUUGUCCAUCUGAAUUUAUAUAAAGAAAACAACGCAGUAAAAAUGUUCAGUGUCACUUGUUUUGCGGUCAGUAAAAGACAAAAAAAAGGUUUAUUUGGCGCCUGUUUCCGUUUUGUCCGUGUGAGCUCACGUGACUUUUGAAUGUUAAAGAAAAGAAUUGCUUUGCUUUCUUUUUUCACCUUUUUGCUUGUAGCCGCGUUCAAAUUCUUGCCAUGCCAGAGUAGGUGGAUCCCGCAACUUCAGCGUAACCAGCUGGGAGUUGUGGGGUGGAGACUCAUGGGUAACUUGUUGAUUUCUUCCCCUUGUGUGCCAAUAUGCAUGAACAGCCCAGCCAGGGGGGCGAACCUCCCUCCCCAAGAGACUUGGUCAUCCAAAUUUGGAACUUAUUUAGUGGUCUGUGCCCAAAACGAGCCAGAAGUCCUGUUUGUAUCAUCCCCAUCUUUAAUAUUGUGUCCAGUUUCAAAGCGACCACGUCCAGAGCGGUGUGCCAGCUGGUCAAAGAGUAUGUGGGUCACAGGGACGGCAUCUGGGACCUCAGCGUCACCAGGACCCAACCUGUGGUGCUCGGGACAGCGUCUGCAGACCACUCUGCCAUGCUGUGGAGCAUUGAGACGGGAAAGUGCCUCCUCAAAUAUAUGGGUCACCAAGGAUCAGUGAACUCCAUCAAGUUCCACCCCACUGAACAGAUGGCUCUAACAGCAUCUGGAGAUCAGACAGCUCACAUCUGGAGAUACAUGGUGCAGCUGCCGACUCCACAGCCUGUUGCUGAUAUCAGCCAGCAGACACCCUGUGAAGACGACGUGGACUUCUCAGACAAAGAUGAGGCCGACGGCGAGGCGGAGGGGCCGAACGACUGCCCUUCCAUCCGUGUGGCGACUACGACUCUCCGCAGCCAUCAGGGUGUGGUGAUCGCUGCUGAUUGGCUGGUUGGGGGCAAACAGGUUGUGACGGCUUCCUGGGACCGAGCCGCCAAUCUGUACGAUGUGGAGACGUCAGAGCUGGUCCACUCACUCACUGGGCACGACCAGGAGCUGACCCACUGCUGCACACACCCCACCCAGCGUCUGGUAGUCACCUCGUCCAGGGACACCACCUUCAGGCUGUGGGACUUCAGAGACCCGUCCAUCCACUCUGUCAACGUGUUCCAGGGGCACACUGACACGGUGACGUCAGCAGUGUUCACAGUGGGAGAUAACGUGGUGUCUGGGAGCGACGAUCGAACCGUCAAAGUGUGGGACCUGAAGAACAUGAGGUCGCCCAUAGCAACCAUCCGCACAGACUCUGCAGUCAACAGGAUCAGCGUGUCGGUGAACCAGAAAAUCAUCGCUCUUCCUCACGACAAUCGGCAGGUCCGGCUGUUUGACAUGUCCGGGGUGCGACUGGCUCGACUCCCACGAAGCAACAGACAGGGUCACCGGCGCAUGGUGUGCUGCUCCGCUUGGUGUGAAGACAACACCACCUGCAACCUGUUCACCUGUGGCUUCGAUCGGCAAGCCAUCGGCUGGAACAUAAACAUCCCCGCUCUGCUGCAGGAGAAAUGACCUCCUCCUGCUGUCACCUUACAGGGAAAUGCCACCAAAAGUCUGUUUGGAGUAUCAAACACUGAAACCUUUGAGUGGGGUUAAAAGGCGGCCGGAGAAAACUUUUGUCUCGUACCUUUGUGUCGAUGAAAAGUUGUCUCAUGUUGUAAUGUACGGGAUGAAAUUCCUGUCGUUUCCAGCAGCCGUCUUUUGAGCCCACGGGGGGGUCGGUAUUUGUACUCGAUGUCCUUCGAGCUCUGUUCUCCUCCUUUGUUUGGGGUAGAGCAGAAAAAGGCCUUGCACUUGCUGUCUACUCCCAUCUGUCACGCUCACUAAAUCACCGCUGCCAAAAUAUACAAAACACAUUUGUGGUCUUUACGUGGAAGUGAUUUAACAUCUGGAAAAGAGAAAAAAAAUCCUGUGUAUCUCUAAUGAAAAAAGCACACGAGCUUCUUCUUUGCCGCGAACAAAAACGCAUUCUGUUAAUGCUAAAUCAGAUCUGUGACGUGCUGACGUUUCUGCUUGAUGCUGAUUUAAAAUACAAUACUAGAAAUCUAGUCUGUGCCACUAACAGCAGAUUCAUGCUGGACAAAGACAGCGGUCUGCUGCUUUAAAGGAAAAAUCCACUCAUUUUAUAUUAUUAAUUUUUCCUGUUUAAUACACUGCAAGAGUUACAUCAAUGAAAACUUAUUUGUGAAACUUGUUGAAGCCCUCACUGCUGGAAAGCUUGAGUCUCAUGUUCUGCACUGGGAUCUAACAAAGCGUUCAUUUUCAGUAUUCAGUAUUAUAUUUGACUUUUUAUUUUUUUUCGUUUUUCUUGGAAACUGAAAUAAGUUUCCGAACAUUUUGUUUGGCUCCUGGCUCUGUCUGUAGCUCGCAUAAUAAAUGAAAACCAAUAGUUAUGAGAGUGUAACUGAGGACCAGUAAGCUACAACACAGGCUGUAAAAUGCCGCUUGUCGGUGAGCUAUCAUGAAACUUUAGCAAGUAGCUAACACUUUUACAAGAGUAACUGGUACUGCAGCAAAACAUUACACUACUCCACAUAACCAACUGCAGUUGUCUGUUUGAACUAUAGACUGUAUAUAAAAGAUGCAUGUAGCCACUGUGAUGUCACUCAUUGGUUUUAGAUGAGCGUAUUAGCGACGGUUGCUCGGAGCCACCGUGUUGGUAUCCAAACGGCACCAACAUGGUAUCGAUGUCCAGUACAGUGACCUGUGUUGCAAUACAUGUCAGAUAAAGUGGCCACACCUCCAAUUUUGAGGCUAACAGUAAGCAAAUGGAUGGAUAUAGGAAAAAAAAAUCUGUGUAGAGUUGUUAUGGGGAGGAAACUAUGUACUAGGCUAUAAGCGUUUUUCGUGCCACGCUAUAAACAGGCUCUUUAAUGCAAUAAAGUUGGGCAUCUUAA